AUGCUUAACAGCGCUUGGCAUCGUAGCCUCAAUCCUAAGACUGAGAUGGAAGUAUGUCAAAAUGAGAUAUAUGCUCCUAGUGGCAUUUGGGUUGCUGUGACUCUUGGUGAUCAUUACCAGUACCCUGCCCAGGAUGAGGUCUGCUUUGUUGUUGGCAUCACCCCUCAAUACAUUCGGUCUACCCAACGCUUUAGGCUUAUUGCUGGCACGUGGAUUGAUGAGGCUUACCUAUUGAAAGGAGAUUCCUAUGCACUCGUCAACUUUGCUUCCGGCACAACAAAUGACUACAUCAUUGAUGGCGUGAAGAACAUCCUUCCUAAUUGGCUCUCUUUACGUACCAUCUUGUCUCGCAAAAAUCGUGGUCUUGACGUUCAUGAUCUCACUAAACCUGAUGUUGACUGUGACCAUGAUGAACUUCAAAAGUCAGUUUUACAUGCCAAAGUGUCGAUGGCAUGA